AUGUACAGUACAGAUUUUGUGGCUGAACAGUUUAAGCCAAAUGAGGUUGGAGUUCAAGACUUCAUUCCUCGGCAUAUGAAUGUGGCUAGUGCCACGCAGAAUGGGCCAUCGAGUUUCUUAAACAAUUCCUAUAACAGACAUAAAUCUAUAGAUGAUUCUCAACAAUCAUUUCAGAGCAAUAAGCUUUUCUCCCCAAGUUCAUUAAGAUCACCAGAUAAACGUCUACCUCAUGCACUUGUCACUUUUGGGUUUGGUGGGAAGCUCAUUGUUAUGAAGGAUAGUAAUGGCUCUCUGCAGAAUUUGUCAUUUGGGAGUCAGGGAACAAGGGGAAGCUCUAUCUUUGUCUUAAACUUGGCAGAAGUUAUUUCUGGGAAUUCCUCUUAUUCAAGUCUCGGAGAAGACUCUUCGGGUUACUUUCGUUGUCUGGAUCAACACCCUCUUCCAGGUCCCUUGGUUGGAGGAAAUGUUGGAAGCAAAGACUUACAUAAGUGGCUUGAUGAGAGAAUUUUGAAUUGCGAAUCUUCCCAUAUGGACUUCGCAAGAGGGAAACUUCUAAAGAUGCUUCUUUCUUUGCUCAAAUUAUCCUUUUUCUCAUCCUUGUAUCUACACUGCAAACAGGAAACGGAUUCUGCUGAAGCAGCUGUUGCUAAACUUUUUGCAUUUGCCAAGAAAGAUGGUUUCCAAAAUGGUGGUUAUGCUCCUUUUAGCCAAUGCUUGCAGCAGUUACCACCUGAAUCACAAAUGCAAGUAACUGCUUCAGAGGUGCAGAUCCUUCUAGCUUCCGGUAUGAAAAUGGAGGCUUUGCAAUGUGCACAAGAAGGCCAUUUAUGGGGACCAGCGCUUAUUAUCGCGGCACAGCUUGGGGAUCAGUUCUAUGCUGAGACUGUGAAACAAAUGGCCCUUCGUCAGCUUGUACCUGGGUCACCUUUGCGGACAUUGUGCUUGCUGGUUGCAGGGCAACCAGCUGAAGUGUUCUCCAAUCGCAGUACAAGCGAUAUCAGUUUUCCUGGUUCCUCUGGAAGUAGUAGCAUGCUAGACAAUUGGGAAGAGAAUUUGGGUAUAAUAACUGCUAAUCGAACCACAGAUGAUGAGCUUGUGAUUACUCAUCUUGGAGAUUGCAUGUGGAAAGGCGAGAUAAUUGCGGCGCAUAUUUGCUAUUUAAUCGCGGAUAAGAACUUUGAUCCAUACUCAGAUAGUGCCAGGCUCUGCCUUGUAGGAGCAGAUCAUUGGAAAUAUCCUAGAACUUAUGCAAGUCCAGAGGCUAUACAUCGGACAGAGUUAUAUGAAUACUCUAAGACGCUGGGAAACUCUCAGUUCAUCCUCCUACCGUUUCAGCCGUAUAAAGUCAUAUAUGCUCAUAUGCUGGCUGAAGUUGGUAAACUUUCGGCUGCACAGAAGUACUGUCAAGCAGUAUUAAAAUGCGUCAAGAGUGGCCGAUCAACUGAAGUAGACACUUGGAAACAGUUUGUUUCAUCACUUGAAGAGAGAAACCGUAUACACCAACAGGGUGGGUAUACUGGGAAUUUGGCCCCAGCAAAACUUGUUGGAAAACUGCUUAACUUUUUUGAUAGUACGGCAAAUCGUGUUGUUGGGGGAACGCCACCAACUGCACCAAAUUCAAAUAAAGGAAGCCUUCAGGUAAAUGGGUAUCAACAUCAACAUCUGGAAGCUGCCAAAUUACCAUAUAGUCAAUCAGUUAAUACAAUGUCAUCAUUGAUGCCACCUUCUUCAUUGGAACCCAUACAUGAGUCGGGUGAAAAUGGGAGGAGGAGGGUAGUACAUACUAGAAGUGUAUCAGAGCCAGAUUUCGGUAGGAUGCCAAUACAGGAUAUGGCUGACUCCUCUAAAGAAAAGGCUGUUAACGGGGUGAAACAGUUGAAAUCGUCUGAAAGUAUGACAGCUUUGCGGUUUAGUCGCUUCGGUUUCGGCAUGCUGAAAGACACUGUAGGGAGGGUCUUACAAGCUCGUUCAUCCAAAGAGGCAAAAUUGGGCGCAGAAAAUCAAUUCUACUAUGAUGAUAAACUAAAGAGAUGGGUGGAGAAAGGUGUGGAACCCCCAGCUGAAAAAGCUGCACUGCCUCCUCCUCCAACUAUAGGCACAUUCCAAAACAACUCACUGGGUUUUGAAAACAAAUCUGACAUGAAUCCAUCUAAUGGAAACUGGAGUUCUGGCGGCCCAACUCCACCAGAGAAUUCCUCAGGUAUCCCACCAGUGUCACAGGGCUCGAAUCAAUUCUCAGCUCGCGGACGGAUGGAUGUACGUGCAAGAUAUGUCGACACCUUUAAUCAAGGCUGUGGGAACUCUCAGACAAUGUUUCAGUCACCUUCAGUACAAUUUGCUAAACCACCAAUCCCUGCAAAAGCAAAAUUCUUCAUCCCAGCAACACCUGCAUCGCAUUCAAACGACAUGGUAACGAAAUCAGCUGCUGUUGAAACCAGACAGGAGGAGUACUCGGCAGAUGAAGUAGUAGCCUCUACAUGGGCUCAACCACCAAUGAGGAUGCAAAGAUUUCCAAGUAUGGAUAACAUAAAACAAAAUGGACUGGGAAUAAGCGUUAAUGGGGAUCAUCCUCCUCCUGCUUCUAGAAGAACAGCUUCAUGGAGCGGAAACUUCAACACAUCAUUUACAUCUCCCAGUAGUCCAUCAUCCUUCAAACCAGUCCUACUCAAUAAUAGCUGCAUCAGCUUAGUAGAGGAGCUUCAAGAGGUGGAACUGUAA